CUCGCCUUCUGCUUCGUGGGCCUCCAGGCGAGCUACCUGACCUGGGGCUACGUGCAGGAGAAGGUCAUGACGCGCGAGUACACGACGGGCCGGUUCCCGUCGGCGACGUUCUGCGUCUUCAGCAACCGCUUCCUCGCGGUCAUCGUCGCCGCGGGCAUCACGCUCUUCCAGCACGGCGGGAAACUGACCCUGCCGGCGUCCUACGUCGCCUUCGCGCCGUGCGCGUUCUCGAACUCGCUGUCGUCGUUCGGCCAGUACCAGGCGCUGCGCUACGUGUCCUUCCCGCUCCAGACCAUCUCGAAGUCGACCAAGGUCAUCCCCGUCAUGCUCAUGGGCAAGUUCCUCAACAAGAAGACGUACCCGCCCGUGGACUACGUGGAGGCGCUCUGCAUUUCUUUGGGAGUGUGCGUCUUCUCGCUCGCGAACCUCGACGACGGCGCGCUCGCGUCGGGCGGCGAGGAGAGCGAGGGCAACGUCUUCGCGGCCUACCUCGGCGUGGCCAUGCUCGCGCUCUACGUCGUGUCCGACUCGUUCACGUCGCAGUGGCAGAGCCGCCUCUACCAGGCGCACCCGAACGUCGACCAGUUCCAGAUGAUGUUCGCGGUCAACUCCUGGGCCAUCUGCAUGACGUUGUUUGCCCUCGUGAGCUCCGGCGAGCUCUGGACGACGCUCAAGUUCCUGUCCCUGAACCCGGCGGCCUUCGUCGACAACGUGACCAUCGCGAUCACGUCCGCGACGGGCCAGCUCUUCAUCUUCUACACGAUCAAGACGUUCGGGCCCGUCGUCUUCACGAUCAUCAUGACGACGCGCCAGAUGUUCUCCAUCGUGUUGAGCACCGUGCUCUUCGGCCACGACAUCAAGGCGCUCGCGCUCCUCGGCGCGGCCGCGGUCUUCGCGACCAUCUUCCACCGCAUCAAGCGCCAGGCCCGGGCCAAG